AAUGACAAACAUUUAAUGUAGAUUUGUAAAAUGAAAACAACUAAUUCCAUAUUUCCGCCAAAGAAGCGCGGUUUUAGUAGCAAACAAUAAUUCAAAUUUGAAUUUUUAUAAAUUAAGUAUAGCAUUGUAUGUUAUCCUCAUGGCGAUCUCACAUACAAGUUUAUUUUUACUUUCGAUGAGAUUAUUUAAAAGACGAAGUGUUGAGUGUUGAAUAUGAUGACGGAACCAACUGCAAAUACCGCGAUACAUUCCGCUAGCGCAGCCCUGGCGGACAUCGCCCCAGUUGCCCCUUCGGAUCGAGCGGUUGCGUAGUCACGACACACGACCGUAGCCUCUGAGCCCCAAUUAUUUUUUACAUCAGUGUGUUCCUAAAGUGAAUUUUGAAACAACAAAAACAAUAUAAAGUCGAUAUCCUGUCAAUAGUGUUAUCUCAGCGAUUUUAUUUCUCUGAUGUUUAGUUGUGCACAAAAUGGAAGAUUCUUACAUUAUCGCUAAUUUCCACACGCUAUGUCGACUGUGUCUGAACAAAAGUACGUUCGCGACAUCGAUAUUCGCAGCUGUGCCUGACGACGAAUCAAAUGUUUCUUUAACCUCCAAACUAGCUGAGUGUUUCGAGUUACAGAUCGAUCCUAACGAUGGGCUGCCUAACAGGAUUUGCUACAAAUGCUUGUUCAAAGUUGAUAAAUGUUCAAAAUUCAAGCUUCAAUGCAUUCAAAGUGAGACCAGAUUGAGGCAAAUAACUACAAGAGCCAAUGAGCUGGAUAACUCUAAUUCAUCAGAACUUAGUAACUAUAACUAUGGCUCCCAUUCUCAAGAUGGUCCAAAAGUAAAACCUGAAGAUUACAUUGUUGAAGACAGUGUUGUGAUGGUGGUGGAUCCAAGCCUCGACUAUGACUCCUCAGAGGAGUCUGAAAACAUGGAACCAGUGGAGCCAGAGGUAAUUGAAAGGAACAAUACCCCAGAUGGUGAGCCAAUGGCAGAAUCAUUUUUCAAAAAUGUUUUCAUGUGUCAAUUCUGUGACCAAGCUUUUGUUUCACAAGAGAAAUGUAAGGAGCAUGAACACAAUUAUCAUGACCCUAACUUACCUUAUAAAUGUGUUGAGUGUAGUCUAGUCUUUGCUGAGCGUAGUCAGUAUGUACAGCAUACUAAACAAGUACAUGGAAAUGAUAAACCUUACCACUGCCCUGAAUGUGAUAAGUGUUUUGGCCGACGUUCUGAUUUGAGAAAGCAUUCCAUUGUUCAUACUGGCAUUAGGCCAUAUCAAUGUCAAUAUUGUUUGAAAAGUUUCUCCCGUAAUACAAAUCUCAGUAAACACCUUCGUAUUCAUGCUGGGCAUAAACCUCAUGUUUGCCCCCUUUGUCCAAGAAGUUUUGUUGCCAAGGGUGAUUUGCAACGCCAUGUACUUGUUCAUUCAGGAAUGAAGCCCUUUGCUUGUCGAAAAUGUCAUUUAAGUUUUGGUAGAAGGGAUAAACUAAUCAAGCAUGAAAUGAGACAUGGCCCAUUAAGCCCGGGCAAGACAGAGUAUGAUCAUGAUCAUGACAGUCAUGACAUGGUAGUAAAUGUAAACCCCUUCAGCAAUCUCAUGACUUCUCCUACACAGCUCCAUCCAGACUCUUCAAAUGCUGAAUAUGAUCUUCCAAGAGUACCAGAUCAUAUUUCAGGGGAGAGCAGUUUUAUGAAAGUACAGAAAAAUACUUCUGCUUCUUCUAAGACCACACAAUCACCACCGAAACAGAAAGCUGUGACAAAUAAAAACAAACCUAAAAAUAUCAAAUGUCACCAGUGUCCAAAAAGGUUUAGCUCUUUAGAUUCUUACAAAACACAUGUGUCUAUUGCACAUAUAGGUUCAAGGAUCUUCCAGUGCAAAAUUUGUUUCAAAAAGUUCCCUCGCAAGCGGGAAUUGGACCGCCAUGCAGCUCUCCAUUCUGGUAUGAAACCUUUUUCUUGUAGUCAGUGUGACAAAAAAUUCACUAAGAAAGACAAACUUGAUAAGCAUGAACAAACUCAUGAGUGCCUGGUUGUGAAUAUGCCUUGCAUAGAAUGUGGUGCCACAUUUGAAAAGAAGCCUGAUCUAGUUGCACAUAUUAAAUCUCAUUUCACUGAAAAUUUUGAUGAUAAAUUAACUGAGGCCGAGAUAAAAAAGGAAGAGGAUACGGAAUUCAAUUUGGAAGAUAAUUUCUAUGAUCUUGAAACUUAAGAAUCUAGAAAAUAAUGUAAACCUUAUGUCUGAUUAUUGUAUGGCACCACAGUGUAACUUAUUGUUCACUUAGUACUUAAUAGUUAGGUAUUUUAUUGCUUUGAGAAUAAGGUGGUAAUUUUUACAUUGGUGAAUGUUAAAUUAUAAAAGUACCUAUUUGUUUGGUUAAUAUUAUGAAAAGUCUGAGUCCCCCAUUCUAUUAUUUAAGCCCACCGUAUUUGGUAUUUGUUAUUAAAUCAAUUAUAAACAUUUAAUAUAAUAACCUGAUUUAUUUUAACACAUUGUGAGCUUCUCAUAUUGAGGAAUUGUUUUACCAAAAAUUAUGUUUAUUAUUUGUUAUUUGUCAUUGUUAUUUGUAAGUUAAAAUCUUAUUAGAUAUGGUAUUAGAAAUUUGUAUAAUGUUAACAAGUUUUAGAUUUAGAGGCCUAUGUCUCUAAAAUGGAUGUGAACAAGUGUGUAGUAAAUGUAAUAUAAAGUUUUAUUCUUAAAAUUAGAUCUGAAUUAAUGAGAGCUCAUGCUUCCUCAUAAAACUCUUUAGUUUUUCCAAAGAUAUCUAGUUCUAAUUGAUGUAAGUGUACCAUGAAUAAAAACUGAUUUGCAAUUAUUAUAAGUGAGCACAAACACUGUCCCUAUCAAGUGAUAACUGUAGAUAUGUUAAAUGUUAAUAUUAAAAUACUUAUAAUGACUGUUUAGUUAGUGCAUACAAUUUUUACUUUAUGGUUAGCACCCAGGUGGUUUUACUUUUUUUAAUAAAGU